ACUUGACUUACUUACUUACUACCCCCAGGUUGCCAGGGUAACCUCCCCCAGCCAAUCAGCAGUCAUGGAUGAGAUGGAUCUACCCCAGAUGAAGAAGGAAGUGGAGAGCCUGAAAUACCAACUGGCCUUCAAGAGAGAGAAGUCUUCCAAGACAGUCACUGACAUGGUGAAGUGGAUCGAGGACGGCGUACCCGAGGACCCCUUCCUGAACCCUGAACUCAUGAAGAACAACCCCUGGGUGGAGAAGGGAAAGUGUGUCCUGUUGUAGACUGAUUACCGACCCCUGACCCUGCCGUGACCUCUGACCCCAGCCUGAUGGGGCAUGGCAGGACAGCACCCCCCCCUGCUAGUUUCAGCCACGUUGAUGCAUCACAGAUUACCUUUAAUUCUAUGUUGAUAUGAUAUGAAGUGUAUUUAUGCAGCCAGUCACUCACUCACUCAGUCAGCCAGUCACUCACUCACUCAGUCAGCCAGUCACUCACUCAGUCACUCACUCAGUCAUCCAGUCACUCA